CAUGGUCAUGACACACGCUGUGCUUUACAACAGAAUAGGGCAUCCAGAAAAGCAAAUACCUAUUUGAACUACAAUAUUCACCAAAAACCGGACAGUGAGCGUUUAACGGGGCAGUCUCCGGUGCUUCUCCCCUUCCUGAAGUGCCCCGCCCCUCCGUGAGCCCCAUAGGCAGACGGGCAGCACACCCUCCGCACCGAACGAGCCCAGCCGUCCGUAACGGAGAAGAUGGCAGAGAGGCAACAACAGAAACACGAAGGCAGGGUAAAAAUCGGCCAUUACAUCCUCGGCGACACGCUCGGAGUGGGAACCUUCGGAAAAGUGAAGAUUGGCGAGCACCAGUUGACAGGCCAUAAAGUGGCUGUAAAGAUCCUAAACAGACAGAAGAUCCGCAGCCUCGAUGUCGUUGGGAAGAUCAAACGAGAGAUCCAGAACCUCAAACUGUUCAGACACCCACACAUUAUCAAGCUGUACCAGGUGAUCAGUACACCCACAGACUUCUUCAUGGUGAUGGAGUAUGUGUCUGGCGGUGAGCUGUUUGACUACAUCUGCAAACAUGGACGGGUGGAGGACACAGAAGCUCGGCGUCUUUUCCAGCAGAUUAUCUCAGCUGUGGACUACUGCCACAGGCACAUGGUGGUCCACAGAGACCUCAAACCUGAGAAUGUCCUGCUGGAUGCCAGCAAGAACGCCAAGAUAGCCGACUUUGGUCUGUCGAACAUGAUGUCAGAUGGGGAGUUCCUACGGACGAGCUGUGGCUCACCAAACUAUGCUGCUCCUGAGGUCAUCUCAGGAAGGCUCUAUGCAGGCCCAGAGGUGGACAUCUGGAGCUGUGGAGUGAUCCUGUACGCCCUGCUGUGCGGCACUCUGCCCUUUGAUGAUGACCACGUCCCCACGCUGUUCAAGAAGAUCAGAGGAGGCGUUUUCUACAUGCCAGAGUACCUGACUCGCCCCGUGGCCUCGCUGCUCAUGCUCAUGCUGCAGGUGGAUCCUCUGAAGAGAGCCACCAUCAAAGACAUCAGGGAACAUGAGUGGUUUAAGCAGGACCUGCCAUGCUACCUGUUCCCUGAGGACCCCUCAUAUGAUGCUACAGUGCUGGAUGAGGAGGCAGUCAGGGAAGUGUGCGAGAAGUUUGAAUGCACCGAGACAGAGUUUGUGUCCAGCCUUUACAGCGGGGAUCCACAGGAUCACCUGGCCGUAGCCUAUCACCUGAUAAUAGACAACCGUCGCAUCAUGACCCAGGCCAGCGAGUUCUACCUGGCCUCCAGUCCUCCCCAGGGCUCCUUCAUAGAAGAGGGCAUGCCGCUGCCCCCCGGGGUUAAAGCCCAUCCAGAGAGGAUGCCCCCCCUCCUGGCUGACAGCCCAAAGUCUCGUUGUCCUCUGGAUGCUCUCAACACCACCCGACCCAAACCCCUGGCAGUGAAGAAAGCCAAGUGGCACCUCGGCAUCAGGAGUCAGAGCAGACCCUACGACAUCAUGGCUGAAGUGUACAGGGCUAUGAGACAACUCAGCUUUGACUGGAAGGUGGUGAACCCAUAUCACCUGCGGGUGCGGAGGAAGAAUCCAGUGACAGGAAAUCUGGUGAAAAUGAGCCUGCAGCUAUACCAGGUGGACAGCAGAUCUUACCUCCUCGACUUCAAAAGCAUCGAUGAUGACAUCAUCGAAGCGGCUGGUAAAUCGGGUUCAUCCACUCCCCAGAGGUCGGGCUCCACGGCCGGGCUGUACAGACCCAGACUGAGCAUUGACUCGGCAACCCCGGGCAUCGAUCUGCAGCAGCUCAGCUCCUCCCUGCCAGGGUCCCUGUCCGGCAGCUCCCCUCUGCUCACCUCACGUCAGGGAUCACACACCAUGGACUUCUUUGAAAUGUGUGCCAGUCUGAUCACCACGCUCGCACGCUGAGUCCUCCUCCCCUCGCUGUCACCUGGAUGUCAGUGGGGAUUUUAAGCCAAAUGCUGAUCUGGGAUGUAGGGAGUGUAGAUUUUCUGAGUGACUUCCUCUUUCUGUCUCCUCGCCAUCUCAGUUCCAGUUGUGCUGGACUGGAAGGGUGAAUGCCUGUCACCUUAGGUCAAGGAGACAUAGAGAGGAAGCAGAGAGGCAGAUAAUUAGAUUCUUUUUUCUUGUUUUGACACAGUCAUGGGGUCAGAGUCUUGGAGUUUAAACAUCCAGCCAAAGCUAAUGAAAACUGAUCCUGGGACUGGAGUCUGUCAACAUUUGGAGACCGGCAAAGAGAGAGCUAUUAGGUCAAAGCUCAGAGUCGUAGCGGAGUCUGAAAAGGUCAAGUUCAACGUCACUGCUCCCACAAACACCUUCAAUCUGUUGUCAUCGCCCCAAAAUACACUGAUCCUGCUGAGUUUGCCGCAGACACUGAUGUCAGUUUUAGUUCUUGUCUUAUAUUUUGAUCAAGACACUGGUUGAUAAAAUUGACAGGAAAUCUGUGUUCUGAGGGAAAGUUAAAACAUGUAACAUUUUAUUUCAGAUUUUAUAUUAUACCAUGGUAUUUGUUAUCCAUGUAUAAAAUAUAUUUAUAUUCCAAUCGUAGGUGGAAAGGUAGGCAAAGGUAUACCAAAUAACAGACUUUACACACCAUAAAAAAGACGAUUAUUACUUAGAUAUCAGAUCCAUAUUUAUUUUUGAAAGAUUGUUUUUUAGACACUGUAGUUAUAUUAUUUAAGCCCAGAAUCUACGUAGAGUUUUAUCCUGAUUUUGAAUAAAUUGUAGAAGAUAAAGUAACCUAUAGAGGCAGCAGGACAGUUGGGUGAAAAUACUCUACAUAACACUGAUCAGUGUUGAAGCACAGAUACACACCAUCUCACUUGAACUUUCACAACCACCCAAUCAUCUGACUAUUUUUGUGAAGCAAUAGACUGUGCACAUGACACAUACCUCUGCUAUUCCAAAGAAAAAACACACACUCAUUUCAUUUAAGUCCUUGGUUCAUUUUGCUUAGUCUUGCAUGUACAGAAUACAAGUCAAAAACAUGAAAGUAAGCUCCACAAGACGGAAGCCAUGUGCAUGAGAGUGUAGGAUUUGUUAGGGCUACAAUUAAUAACAAUAUUAGUAUUUUUUUCCUUCAGUAUUCCACUUAAGCCUUUUAAAUGAGAAGUAAUUCCAUCCAAAAUGAACGCCAAAUGUGAAGGUCUAUAAUAGAUUUUCUCUCUGCACGUUAAUAUUUACUUCAUAAAUGACUACAAUAGUCAAUCAAUUUUCAAAAUUGCUACUAAUCAUUUUAGAAGUAAUAAAGUUAAUUAGUCCUGUGUACGAACAGAUAAUGAGGUGAUGAUGACAAUCGAUGAGAGGAAGGUGAUAAAUCCAUGUGAGCCGGUGUGUAUCUGUUGCAGGACAGUACAAGCCACAGAAAACCUUUUUCCAGCUGCCUUAAAGAAUGCAACAUAGUCAUUCUGUGCAUGUGUUUAUGGAGAGUGUGUGCAUGAGCCAGUGUGUGUAGAGGAGAUCAGUGUGUGUCACAUGACUUUCAUCUUCUUUGUCUGGAGGAUCAUUGCAGUGACUUUAAAGUCGUGUCAAAAUGUUAUGUUUCUGUGAGUGGAAACUGUGUUUCUGCUGUUCAGCUGUCUGUUUGGUCUGCACUUUAAAACUCAUUUGCAGAUUUAGUGUUUUAUUGCAUCACACCUUUGCUGUGGAUACACAAGCUUUACUGUACAUGUGGUUUCUUACGGUGCCAUUAUUCUUUAAGUGUUCCGCAUUGUCUUUUAUAGGGUCAUACCAUAGCGGGGUUGGGUCUCACUGUUGUCACAAUAUUUUAUCAUAAUCUUUUCAGAGUGAAUGUUCAGUGAAAACUGGUGCUGCUCAGAUAAAUCCUCCUGUCAGUCUUGGUUUCUUUCCUUGGUUUUAAAGAAGCGUAUUUGUUUUCAUAGAGAGGUGUUGCCUUUCGACUGUUCUCAGUAAAAUAUGUUGGGGGUUAGUAAGCACUCUACUUAAGACAGGUGUAACAAAACCCCAAAAUAGCCAAUAUAUAAUAUUUUACAUACUAUCGUAACGUGUUAUUUAUCUAUCAUUAUUUUCACAGGCUUUGGGGUAGCAGCCGGGGGUUUAUGAUGAAACUGUCAUGAGAAAUGUUAUAUUUUUAAUAGUUAAAAAUGAGUUUAACAGGAAAACAUUUCAGAAAGUUUGGUCACGUUGAUGGUUUACACACACCGGGGUAGACUUCUACUUGAAGUAAUUUUUGUCUGUAUAAAUUGCCUUAUGAGAGCAUUGUGAAGGCAGUUGGUUGAAACAGUGAAAGCCACAUCGUUGUUCCUCUGCUAAAUCCCUUUAUUACAUGUAUUCUGUUUGUAUGUCCUGUACAGGGUUGCCUUUCCUGUCUGUGGUGUCACAUACACUGAAUAUACUCUGAUGUGCUCCCUGCUGCCAGAGACAUGCCACUGCUCACAGCUUUUUAAACACCAAUCAAUGUGAAACCUCUAUAUUACACUCCAGUGCUGUGUCUUUAAUGACUUCUGUUUAGUGAGCGGCUUGGCCCACAUCAGGAUCACAUCUGGCCUGUAAUGCAUCUGAUUCUGCUGCUCGGGACAACAAUAGGAAAUAUUGAUAAAUGAAAAACACAUAUCGGAGAGGUCAUGGGUCAUUUUUCCUCAUAUAACCAGUAUUUACUGUCAGAUGUAGGACUGUACCACUACAACUGUAUGCAACUACCAGUGGCAUGUUAGUCAUUAGUCUCUCAUCUGCGUUAAAGGUGGUAAACACAGGGGCCGAAUCAAAUACGGACGGUCAACUUCAACAGCAAGGCAGUGCUCUCUGUUAAUCUGUGGUGGGUUUCUAUGAUAAGUGUUACCUUAAAUACACGUGUGUGUGUGUGUGUGUGUGUGUGUGUGUGUGUGUGUGUGUGUGUGUGUGUGUGUGUGUGUGUGUGUGUGUGUGUGUGUGUGUGUGUGUGUGUGUGUGUGUGUGUGUGUGUGUGUGUGUACACUGCUUAUUGUGAAUGAGUGUGUGUAAGGCUGUGUGUGAGUGUCACAGCUUCUCUUCCUGUCUCUGGGGUUUGGAUUUCUCUUGUUAUGCAAUGCAUGAAAUUGCUGUUAUAAUUUGCACUUUAAUGAGUAUUUAUUGAAAAACAAUAAACCAACAUAUAAAAAGAAAA